GGGGGGGAAGCAGUGGAGAAGCCAUCUUGGUGGUGCUGUGCCGGGAACUGCGGGCAGUGGGGCUCGGAGCCUGUCCCUGGUGCCGUGUCCGUUAAGUUGAUUUUACAGAAUUUAUCAGGUCUCCAAAGCAGAAACAGGUGAUUUUUGCUGUGGGUUGAGCUCAGCAUGGCUGUAGUCAUCCGUUUACAGGGGCUUCCUGUUGUUGCGGGCCCUGCAGAUAUCCGUCGUUUCUUCUUGGGAUUGAAUAUUCCCGAUGGAGGUGUGCAUAUUAUUGGAGGAGAGAUUGGGGAGGCUUUUAUUAUAUUUGCAACAGACGAAGACGCACGGCGCGCCAUGAGCUGCUCGGGAGGGUUUAUCAAGGACUCGCACAUAGAGCUGUUUCUCAGCAGCAAGGCAGAGAUGCAGAGCACCAUAGAAAUGAGCCGGAAGCGAUUUGACCGUGGGGGACGAGAAACGAUGUCUGGCUCCAGAAGAAUGGGUACCAAUGGUUCGGGGGUUGGAGACAUGCCACAUUUGGGCACGCCUUUUCCAAAAGGAGUGAGUAAACCUGGUUACGGUCCGCCGAGCCACCCGGAGGCUGGUUUCCACACCAAUGGCGCAAGACAUGGGGAUCUAGGCAUGCCCAAGUCAAGCUAUCAGUCGCUAGACGACGCUCAUCCCUUUAUCCCAGAUGAUCUUUACUUGUUUCUCCGUGGCAUCCCUUACUCUGCGACAGAAGACGAUGUGUGUGCUUUCCUUUCUGGGAUCCGUGUGGAUGGAGUGAUUCUGAUCAAGCGUCACAAUGGCUUAAACAGUGGUGACUGCCUGGUAAAAUUCGCUACGCCGGGUGAUGCCUUAGAGGCGCUUAAGCGGCACAGACAGUACAUGGGUCAGAGGUAUAUAGAAAUUAGCCCAACUACAGAGGAGCGGUGGAUUGAGUACGGUGGGGUGGUUGACACGCCAGAUGAAAUGGAUCGCUUCUCCUGCGAGGACUGUUCUCCGAGGAGUUCGGGCUACAUGCAUUCAAGGAGGCAUUCACGUUCAAGGUCACCAAGGAGACAAAGAACACGCUCUCGUUCACCUCCUCACCAGGAGUACUACAUACACUUAAGAAACUUAUCUACUAAUCUGGAAAAGAGAGAUCUGAUAGACUUUUUUCCUGACCUGGAUAUAUGCAGCACGCAAAUCAAGCUUCUUAUGGAUAAGCAUCAGAGAAGGACUAGAGAUGCCUUUGUGAUGUUAAGGAGUGAGAGAGAUUAUCAUGCUGCUUUGAAAUGUCAUAGAAGGGUUCUUCUCAAUCGUUCCGUUUACAUCUUUCCAAUUUCCAGAAAGUCAAUGUUGAAAAUAAUUGAUUCUUGUGAGAGGAAAAGGUCACAGGGCAGAGAUCGUUCUGGACAGUCCACGCCAGAGAAAAGCUACCGGGAAGGGCAUUCUAGCCCCAAGAGAUGUGUUUACGUAAGGAAUUUCCCCUUCGAUGUGUCAAAGAUCGAAGUGCAACGGUUCUUUGAAAGGUUUGAUGUUGACGAAGAUGAUAUUUACUUGCUCUACGAUGACAAGGGAGUUGGGCUGGGAGAAGCAUUAGUAAGGUUCAAAUCUGAAGACGAAGCCAUGGAGGCAGAGAAUUUAAAUCGUCGAAGGUUCUUGGGAACGGAGGUCUUGGUAAGACUUAUCUCUGAAGACCAGAUGGAGAAGUUUGGUGUAACUGUGCCAUUGUUUACACCAAAUGACAUGCAGGAUCAUUCACAUCCAUAUGACAGAGGUGAGCUUUCCUGUCCAAUCGGUUCACCAUCUGGGCCACCACAGGGGCCACCCAUGCACUCAUUUGGUUCCCCUGGGAAUUUUGGGCAUCCUUCUGAAUUUAGGCACCCUCCUGAGGACUUCAUGUGCCCUCCUAAGGAUUUUAGAGGCCCUCCACCCCCCCUGGAUUUUGGUGGUGACAGUGAACCUUUUGGCAGAAUGGAGUUUGGGAAUAACAAACUAGGAGGUUUUCCGGAAGGAAGGUUUACACCGGAUCCGAGUUUCAGUGGUGGCUCUGACCGCGUUGUUCCUAUUCGAUUGAAAAAUUUACCUUUUAAAGCUACUCCUAACGAGAUCCUGGAUUUUUUCUAUGGCUACAGCGUGAUACCCGAGUCAGUUUCUGUACAGUACAAUGAACAGGGAUUGCCUUCGGGCGAUGCUAUUGUCGCUAUGACAAACUAUGAGGAAGCUAUGGCUGCUAUUAAUGAACUGAAUGAUAGGCCAAUCGGUCAGAGGAAAGUUAAGUUGAGCUUGCUGUGAAGGAGGAAAAGAUGCUCUAGAGUGAAGCAUCUUAGAUGACAGUAUUGACGGUUGUUUUCACUUCUUUAACUGCUGGAAGAUGCAGAAGAACGUUUCCAUCGAGGGUUGUAAAUAAUGUCUGGUUCAGUGGUUCAGCUCUUGGUUGAAGUAUCUCAACGGUUAAGAUACGAGAACUCGCUGUGCCUAUUUCUUGUGACAUAGAGGAGCCCUGAAACUGGAGGACAUCGAAUGUCUUGAGGUAUAAAGGCAUGGAGUUUUAAUGCUUUGGGGGUUUUUUAAAUUAGUUUUUAAUGCCAUGGCCCAUGACUUUUGCAUCAAACAAAACAAUGCCAGUGCUGGUUCAGACGGGUCAAACAGGAAGAGCUUCAGUGCUGCCUGCAUUAGUAAAUAACACUUCUCACUGACCUUAGCUUAACAGAAGUAAACAAAACAAAUUUGCUUUUUAUUGAAUGUGUAAGUUGUUCAGGUUUUGUUCAGUCUCCUGUGUCUGCAGGCAUUCCUAGCAAAAGAAGAAAGAA